AUGAAUAGUACUAAUAGUACUAAUAGUACUACGACAGCUACUAGCACUAACACGUCAACUCAACAAGUCGUUACGGCUUUGGUGAGUAAUGGUGCUAUUUUUGGUGUUUUCGUUGUAGCUUUCUUAAUUUUGCGUAUAAAACUAAAAAGGAUUUAUGAGCCUAAAUCGUCGUUUAAUCUUAUAAAUGAAGAAAAGAAGCCAGAACCGCUACCACAAGGUAUAUGGCAAUGGUUGAAACCGUUGUUAAAGAAAUCAGACAAUUUUGUCAUUCAACAAGCCGGUCUAGAUGGAUAUUUUUUUUUGAGGUACCUUUUCAUCAUUUCAAUUUAUUGUGCUGUCUCCAUGGCUUAUAUAUUCCCUAUUUUGUUGUCCAUUAACGCCAGUAACGGUAACCAUGAAAGCGGAUUGAAUCAAUUGGCCUAUCAGAACGUCAAACACCGUGGUAGAUACUUUGCACAUGUUUUCUGCGGAUGGAUUUUCUUCUGGGGGUUCCUUUACAUUAUUUAUAGAGAAUUGUAUUUUUAUACCUCUAUGAAGCAAGCUGUAUUAGCGUCCCCACGUUAUGCUAAAAAAUUAUCCUCGAGAACCGUCCUUUUUCAGACUGUCCCUAAGCAAUAUUUGAGUGAAGAAGAAUUUUCUAAGUUGUUUGAUGGUGUUAAAAGAGUGUGGAUCGCGAGAGGUUCUGGUUCGAUCGAAGCAAUGGUCAAAACAAGAGACAACAUGGCCAUACAGUUGGAAGGUGCUGAAACGAAAUAUCUGAAGGCAGCAUUGAAAAAAAUCAAGAAAUUGAACAAGAAAAGUCCGCAAUUAUCUGUAUCAGAUAAUAUUGCUGAAUACGUCCCCGAUAAGAAAAGACCACACCAUAAAAUUAACAAGGUUGCUAAAUUUUUUUUUGGUAAAAAAGUUGACACCAUAUCCUAUAUUAAGGAGGAGUUACCCAAAUUGAACCAAAAAGUAAAGGCAUUACAAGAGGAUCACGAAAAUUCCUCCCCUUUCAACUCCGUUUUUGUGGAGUUUGAAUCCCAAUAUCAGGCCCAAGUUGCCGCCCAGAUCACCACGUACCAUGCUCCACUUUUUAUGACGCCUGCAUAUAUUGGUAUUGAGCCGUCCGAUGUCGUUUGGUUUAAUUUAAGGAUGUUCUGGUGGGAAAGAUUAGGAAGGGAAGUCACUUCUGUUUCAGCAAUUAUCGCGCUAGUCAUAUUAUGGGCUUUCCCAGUAGCUUUUGUUGGUAUGAUAUCUAAUGUUACUUCCUUGACUAAUGAACUGAAGUGGUUAAGGUUCAUUUAUAAAUUACCAAAACCAUUAUUGGGUUUAUUAACGUCUUUAGCCCCAACUGUGGCAUUAGCCGUUUUAAUGAGUCUUUUGCCGAAAUUUAUUAGGGCUAUGGCUAUUACUCAAGGCGCUGCAUCUAAGCAAAAUGUGGAACAUUUCACUCAACAAGCUUAUUUUGCCUUUCAAGUUAUUCAGGUCUUUUUGGUUACCACUUUAUCCUCCGCCGCUACUUCCACAGUAACGGAAAUUGUUAAAGAGCCCACAAAGGCUAUGGAUUUAUUGGCUUCUAAUUUGCCAAAAGCUUCUAAUUUUUUCAUGUCGUACGUUAUUUUACAAGGUCUCUCCAUUUCAUCAGGUGCUCUUUUACAAAUUGUUCCGUUAAUCCUCUUUUAUGUUUUAGGUGCCUUUUUAGAUGGUACUGUCAGGAAAAAAUGGAAUCGUUUUUGUGGGCUAUCGAGUAUGCAGUGGGGGACAACUUUUCCAGUUUAUACAAACUUGGCGGUUAUCACUUUUUCGUACUCCAUCAUUUCUCCGUUGAUUUUGUUAUUUGCUGCCGUUGCGUUCUUCCUGUUGUAUGUCGCAUAUUUAUACAAUUUGACUUAUGUCUAUCAAGAAUCAUCAGACGCAAGAGGUAUUUAUUAUCCAAGAGCUCUCUUUCAAACUAUAGUUGGUAUCUACAUUGGUCAGAUAUGUCUAUUAGGUCUUUUUGUCGUUGGUAAAGGUUGGGGUCCAAUCGUUUUACAAGUGAUUGGAAUUUGUAUUACCGUCCUUGUCCAUUUACAUUUAAGUGCUGCCUUUGAUCAUUUAUCAAAGGUUAUACCUGUCGAUACCAUGAAACCGCUAGAUGGUAUAUCAGACACGCCUUCUUUCAAAAAUAUUUAUAAAGGCAUAGAAAGUACGAAGGUCAAGAAAAAUGCUUUUGGUGCAAAUAUUGACAUGGACGGAGUCAAAGAAUUGCCUGAAUUUCCAAUAAAGAAAUAUCACAAGAGGAGUGAAUCAGUCACAGAGAAACAAGUCGAAAAUAGCGUAUUUAGUGAAAAUACAUUUGAAUAUCAAUUCAACCCAACAAAUGAAGCAAAUGCAGAUGGCCACGCUAUAAAUGCAGAAAAUUUAAUCGAAGACGUUCCAUUAUUAGCAGAUGGUGAUACAAUGAAAAUUCCUCCGGCACCGUGGUGGAAAAGGUUCUUGAAACCUCACAUCUACUACUCUUACAAAGCUGUAAAGAGCAGAUUGCCUGAAAUAUAUGGUUUGGUUGAUCCUGAUGAAAGAGUUAAUGAUUUUGACAUCGCUCACGCCUACGAUUAUCCAGCCGUUAGCGCACAAUGCCCCGAAUUAUGGAUUCCUCGAGAUCCUUUUGGAUUUUCCAAGUCGUUAAUUUCAGACGUUGCUGGCGUUGUUGAAAUGAGCGACGAAGGUGCUACCAUCAAUGAGAAUUUACAAUUUACUCUGCGCGACGUGCCACCGUUGUACCAAGACGUAAAAGAUGAAACUGCAGGUGAAGCAAAUGGCGAAGUUGAAACAGCUAGUAAGGAAAAUAAUCCAUUUGCAGACCCAAAGUAUAAAGAAGAAGAGAGCCGUUCUGCAGUUUAA